GUAGCGAAGAAAAGAAGCAACGAACGUUGGUGCACCGGCCUUGAAAUCGAGGCACUUCGCAGCUUCCUCCUUCUUCUUUUCCUUCCUAUCAGCAACGUUCUUCUUUCUUUCUGCUUGCGUGUUCCACACGAUGGCAUACUCAGACGUCCGCCAGAGAGUCUUUCGCAUUCCCGGCAGCAUCGUGCUGUCCGUGGGUCUCUCGUGGGACUUCGUCGGCGCCGAUCCGGUCGACCUCGACCUCAGCGCCGUGUGCUUCACGAAGGAGGGCCGGUUCCUCGAUGUCGUCUUCUUCAACCACCUCUUCCCCGAGGGCACGGAUGAGGCGACGCUGCGGGCGCAUUUCAUGGUCGACCCCCACCUCCUCCCGUACCUCUUCCUCAGCGGCGACAGCACCGUGGGCGGGGAGGAGGAGAACCAACUGCCCGGGCUGGCCCUCGCGGCACGGCGGCGUCAACGGCAGCUGAGCCGCAGGGCGGAGGGCCACCACCAGCAGCACAGCGGCAACGGCGGGGGCCUCGCCACCCGCGACUACACCAACGCCGGGUCGAACAUCUUCAACCGCCUCUACGAGGAGGAGCAGCUAGCCGAUGUGCAGAUGGCGGUGGAUGAGGCGAUGGGCUACGACAUCGCGGACGACGAGGCCGGUGAGGGGCGGGAGGGGGGCAACGACGAGGCGGACGGCGAAGGCUCGCGACGCCGCCGUCGACGCCACUGGCAGCACCGCGAGCUCUCCGAUGAGGUGCUCACCUUUGUGAUGGCGAAGAUCCCCCGCGAGACGGAUGCGAUCUUCCUGACCGUGUCGAGCUACUCCGGCCAGGACUUCACGCUUCUAUCGCGUGCGAAGCUGGUACUGUACAACGAGUCGACGAAUGAGCGGGUGGGGGUGAUGGACCUGCGGUCGUCGACGGAGAACGGCACGGCAAAUCUGGCCGCGAUGCUCGUGCGUGUGCCUGACAGCAAGGAGGACAGCAGCAACCAUCACCACCACAAUUCCAUCAACGACGACGGCGGUUUUACCUCAGCCGGCGGAGAGUGGGACCUUCGCGAGCUCAACGUGCGGACCUUCGGCUACACCUUCGUGGACCUACUCCCCCUCGUGUUUGACGUCCUUGGCGUGCCGGCGAAUAGCCGCAUGGAUGCGCUGCAGAACCUGCCGGACUACUCCCUCUCCAAGGUCAAGUCGGAGCUGGCCGCGUGGACGCUGUCGGAUGUCCGCUUCGGCGUCGGCUGGAGCGGCGAGCACGACGUGGACGCCUUUCUCGUGCUGCUCGACGAGGACAACAACUACGUCGACCACCUCUACCCAAAGAACGGCAAGCUGCGAUCGAUGGCGCGGGAUUUGGCGCGGCACUCCGGCGACGCCCUCUGCGGCUCCAGCGCCACCGGGGAUGAGGAGUUCAUCGACUUGUUCACCUACCGCGUUCCGGAGAACGUGGGCAGCAUCGUGAUCGGCGCGAACUGGAUGGAGUCCUUUGGGCCGGCGCGGCACACCUGCCACUCCAUCUUCGACGUGCCGGAUCUCUACCUGCGGCUGCAGAACCGCACCAUGAUGAACCCGUACUCGACGGAGCUGGACCGGUGGCCGGUGUACCGCGAGGCGCACGACCCAAAGGUGCAGAAGCAGCUCCCCACCACUUACACCGACGCAUCGACGCAGAAGACGCAGCCGGUGCGGACGGUGGUGCUCGGUGCGCUCCUCAAGACCGGCACGCAGCCCUUCGACGCCCUCUUUCCCAACCGUCGACGCCUUGACCAGUACUUCUACAAGCACGGCCGCAGUGCUGCCCCGCACACCACCGCCGCCGCCUCUUCCGUGGACGGACGGGGGCCGAGCCGUGGCACCUCCGUCACCUCACGCGCCAACGUCUCCGAGUUUGAGGCGGGCCGCGACGAGGCGGUCCCUCUCUUUCAGCUCGUGCCGAUUCAUCAGUACGUCCCGGUGGACCCGCGCGAGGGCUUCUCGCGGGUGAUUCCGUACUUGCAGUGCAUGAUGGCCUACGCCAUGACGGUCGAGCGGGACACCAUCGCCGCGGCACGCCGUCGCGCAGCAGCGGAGGAUGUUCAACGUGAACACACGCAGCACGUGGACGACGCAGAUUCCGACAACCACAACGGCGAUACAGCCGUCAACACGGCUGGCAGCACCAGCGAGUCGCGCUUUGUUUUGAACCGCGGCAACAACAUGGUCGGCUGGGCUCCGACGACGGGCCGCACCGUACGCCGCAGCGCACACGCCGAGGCCACUCUGGAGGCGCUGCAGGAGCGUGCCGAGGACGACCAAGUCGCCGCUGGCGCGCUGCGUGACCGCUACGGCCGCAUGUGGCGUGAGAUGCAGCACUACGACAACCGCACCGACCUCUUCGCGAUUGCGGUGCAGUUCCUCGAGGUGGUGGAGGUGCACCCGCAGAUGCCAAGCCGCUUUCAGUGCCACGGCGAGGUGUGGGUGUUUGGACAGACGAACAGUGUCGUGUCGGUGAACGGCAGCGUCUCCGCCUUUGACAACACGCCCUACCGCUCCCCCGCGCUGCUGGACCGCACGAAGCUGGUGUGGAGCGACACGUCAAGCGCCAAAUCCACGGCCGGCUGCGGCUACUUUGUUGUGCACAAGUACGACCGACUGCGUGUGAUGCUCUUCGAGACGGCCUCCAUCGGCGUCGCUGACCUAGACUUGAUGUCGAUGGAGGCCUUGUGGGCGGGCGAGGACCGGCACGAUGGCAGCCUGUCAGACCGCUUCAACACGGUGGAGUGCAACGUGCGGCUCGACGGCGGCGCAGACAUCGGAACGACGGCGUACAGCGGGGAGCUUCGGCUGCGUGUGUCGCGGGUGCCGGUGAACGCGGCAAUGAAGCGGCUGCAGCGCCAGGCGGACAAGGUGAAUGAGAAGCGGGAGCGGGUGCGGGAGUCGCAGAGGCACAGCGACGAACGGCACUACAACAGCACUUACAACUCUUGUGCGACCAUGUAG